UUAUCGGUUUCCAUGCAGAAGUAUAAAUGAUAGCCAUAGCCAUUUCUUACGUUGUUGCAGAACGACACCCUGUACAGGAGGCUUCCUGUGUGGUUGUGGUAACCCGGAAGUGGUUUCACGUAAUUCAACUGACGAGGAAAAAAAGUCACAGAAUACUCCCACGAUUCUUUGUAGCUGGCUUUGUAGGUGUGGCCUCAAAAUGGCAGCAGCACUGGACACCAAAUCACAGUCUGAAAGCUCUGUCGCCUCUCAAGUACCCUUUCAUGAUUUGUGCACCACUUUGGAAAAAAUACAAAAGUCCAAACUCAGACCAGAGAAAAUUAAGUGUCUGAGAGAAUUCCUGGAUUCCUGGAGAAAGUUCCAUGCUGCUGUCCACAAGGAUAAUCCAAAAACCACAGACUCAUUUUACCCAGCCAUGCGUCUCAUAGUUCCCUCAUUUGAGAGAGAGAGGAUGGCCUAUGGCAUAAAGGAAAACAUGCUGGCUAAACUCUACAUCGAUGUCUUGGGUCUUCCAAAGAAUGGGCCUGAAGCUCACAAACUUCUCAAUUACCGAGCUCCGACUACAUCACAAGGAGAAGCUGGGGAUUUUGCCCUUAUGGCCUACUUCGUGUUGAAGAAAAGGUGCACAAACCAGGGGAAUCUAACCAUUAAGGAGGUGAAUGACUUCUUGGACUCCGUCGCUCUGAAUAAUGCGAGUAAGCAGAAAGAUCUGGUGAAAAAGAACCUGCUGCACCUGAUCACCCAGAGCUCGGCCCUCGAACAGAAGUGGCUGAUCCGCAUGAUUCUCAAAGACAUGAAACUGGGGAUGAGUAAAGAAGGGGCCUUGCACGUGUUCCACCCCGACGCGGCCGAGCUCUACAAUGUCACCACGGACCUGGAUAAAGUGUGCCGGCAGCUCCACGACCCUUCCGUGUCCCUCAGCGAGGUGUCUGUCGGGCUCUUCUCAGCUUUUCGGCCAAUGCUGGCAGCUGUUGCCAACGUCAGACAAGUGGAGAGACAGAUGAACCACCGGAGCUUCUUCAUUGAGACCAAGCUGGACGGCGAGCGCAUGCAGUUGCACAAGGACGGGGACGUGUACAAGUAUUUUACGCGGAACUCCUACGAGUACACGCAGCAGUUUGGGGCCACACCACUACAGGGUUCUCUGACGCCCUUCAUUCACAAUGUCUUCAAGACAAAUGUGAGGAACUGCAUCCUGGAUGGUGAGAUGAUGGCGUACAACCACACCGUUGACGCCUUUGUACAGAAAGGCACAAAGUAUGACAUCAAGAAGUUAGCCGACGAUUCUGAACUGCAGACCUGUUUCUGUGUCUUUGACGUCUUGCUGCUCAAUGACCAGAAGUUGGGAAAUGAGACUCUGAAGAAGCGGAACGAAAUGCUUCAGACGGUCUUCACCCCGAUAAAGGGCCGGAUACAGCUGGUGCACAAAACCGAAGCCAAAACCAUGCAAGAAGUAGUGGACGCUCUCAAUGAAGCGAUUGACAACCUGGAAGAAGGAAUCAUGGUGAAGGAUCCACUGUCCAUCUACAAGCCAGACAAACGAGGUGAGGGGUGGCUGAAGCUGAAGCCAGAGUAUAUGGACGGCCUGAUGGACGAACUUGAUUUGCUGAUCAUCGGGGGGUACUGGGGAAAAGGGAGGCGGGGUGGGAUGAUGUCUCACUUCCUGUGUGCAGUUGCUGAGACUCCUGAACCUGGAGAGAAGCCAUCGGUGUUCCAUUCUUUUUGCCGCAUUGGUUCAGGUUACACAAUGAAGGAGCUUUACGACCUGGGCUUGAAACUGGCUAAGCACUGGAAAGUCUACCGUAAGAAUGAUCCCCCAGCAUCAAUCCUGUGUACCACAGAGAAACCAGAGGUGUACAUUGACCCUUGUGAUUCUGUGAUCAUUCAGGUUAAAGCGGCCGAAAUAGUUGACAGUGACAUGUAUAAGACAAAUUGCUCACUGCGAUUUCCCAGGAUCGAGAGGACGAGGGAAGAUAAGGAAUGGCAUCAGUGCAUGACUUUAGCAGACCUGAGUCAGUACAGGAGCAAGGCUUCUGGGAAGUUGGCAUCGAGGCACCUUUUCAUCAAUGAUGAUGAGCCACAGAAGAAGAAACGGAAGAUAGUGGCAAAGCCCAAGAAAGCCAUCGGGAUUAUUGAUCAUUUCAAGGCCCAGGACCUGUCUGGUGUGGCCAAAGAGACUGACAUGUUCGAGGAUGUGGAGUUCUGUGUAAUGAAUGGGAACGAUGAGCGCUCUAAGGCCGAUCUGGAGAAGGGGGUGGCCAGCUGUGGGGGCAUCGUGGUCCAGAACCCAGGCAAGGACACCUACUGCGUGAUAGCUGCUGUGGAGAACAUGAGGGUGAAGAACCUGGUUGCCUCGGACCAGCAUGACGUGGUGUGGGCCACCUGGCUGCUUGAGUGCCUGGAGAGGAAGCAGGUUGUUCCAUGGCAACCUCGUCACAUGAUCCACAUGUCUCCGCCCACGAAGGAACACUUCGCCAAGGAGUACGACCAGUUCGGGGACAGCUACUCGGCUGAAACGGAUGAGCAGCAGCUGAAAGAGGUCUUCGGGAGGAUCCAGGUUAAGGAGGAAGAUCUGCCUUCCAUCGCAGAUGUGGAAGCCAGGUACGGCCUGGACGACCUCCCCACAAGCAUGUUCAGACCCUUCAGAGUGUACAUGGACAGCUGCUCUGACAUCAGCGACCCCAAGACCUUCAUCCAAUCUUCAUGCUUGCUCACGCGGGCGCUGGAGUUCCGUUUCCAUGGGGGGGUGGUGGAGCCCAAACUGGUAAAAGGGGUUUCUCAUGUCAUUGUUGCCGAGGAAACCAGAAUCCUGCAAUUAAGAACUCUCAGAAGAACCUUUACCAAGAAGUUUAAGAUUGUGAGAGAAUCAUGGGUGAAGGACUCUAUCAAAGCAGGGCAUCUGUUGAAUGAUAAUGACUAUCUUGUGUAGUGUCCGAAGUCAGUAAUAUGUGCGAUUACUGACUUCCCUUUAUGUGCAGACAAAAAAAACUAUAAAGAGCAUGAUUUUAAUUAGGAUUUUUUAACCUGGUUUGAUAAUAGGAUGUAAAGUACCGGCUUGAUUUAAAAAAUUUUUUAGCGUACUUGCAGUAUGAAUAGGUUGUUUCUUUGGAAGGCAAGAAAGGGUUUUAUUAUACUUCACUUGGAAAAACACUUAAUAUAAUGCAGACAGUUGUAUUGGAAGAUCUUGGGGUUAGACUUCUAUAGCGUUGCUUUUGGCAACCAUAUAAGUUGCCCUUGAAAACUCUCCAAGUUACUGUUGCUCCAGAUGACCUGCUGCAGCUAAUACGGGUGCAUGGAAAUGUGCAUGAAGCAUUGUUCUGUUUCGGGUCGUGGAUUCAAAUUUAUUUAUUUCUAAAGGAAGAAUGUGAAUGUUUUACUACUACCUUCUACGGAUGACACUGGCAAUAUAACAUGUAAUCAAUUUGGCUGGCGAAAAUUAUAACAGAAAAGUGUCAGUCAUCAAAACAUGUAUCAUGGAUAUUUCUGUGGAAAUGAAUUUUAAAUGAAUAGGUUGUUUCUUUGGAAGGCAAGAAAGGGUUUUAUUAUACUUCACUUGGAAAAACACUUAAUAUAAUGCAGACAGUUGUAUUGGAAGAUCUUGGGGUUAGACUUCUCUAGCCUUGAUUUUGGCAACCAUAUAAGUUGCCCUUGAAAACUCUCCAAGUUACUGUUGCUCCAGAUGACCUGCUGCAGCUAAUACGGGUGCAUGGAAAUGUGCAUGAAGCAUUGUUCUGUUUUGGGUCGUGGAUUCAAAUUUAUUUAUUUCUAAAGGAAGAAUGUGAAUGUUUUACUACUACCUUCUACGGAUGACACUGGCGAUAUAACAUGUAAUCAAUUUGGCUGGCGAAAAUGAUAACAGAAAAGUGUCAGUCAUCAAAACAUGUAUCAUGGAUAUUUCUGUGGAAAUGAAUUUUAAAUGAAUAGGUUUUUAACAAUAUUUUUGUAUAUACAGCUGUGGCUUUAACUGUGCUGCUGCUGUCAAAGGAGCCUGCAAACCUAAUUUCUUGGUCAUUUGAAAUAUGCCUGUCAAAUGAAAAGAAAAGAUUGAGCGCAACUGAGUUGUAAUUUCAGGGACAAUGAAGCUCUAACCUAAAUAUAAAAUUUUGAACUGAAAGAGAUUUUAACAGCAUUACAGUCUUUUAAUUAUUUCAGGGAAAUGUAAGAUUUUUGCAUUUAAUUUGGUGGUGGACUACUCUUUUUCCUGAGUCUUUGCACUGUGAUUGAUGGUAAUAAUGCAAUGUGUUUAAAACCUGCAUAACAACUCAUAUUUAACAGUACUGUCUGUGCCUUCUACAGUAUGCUGCUGCUGUUGCAGGACAUGCAGUAAAUCCUUAAUUGUGGGCUGCUUUGGAACAAAAAAGUGUAAUCACAGUGGGGAUUUGUUGAUUGACGUUCAUUAUGAUUUUUUGUUUUAUCUUGUUGUGUGUGUCAAUAAAAGGAUAAUUAUUAUUAUAUAAUCAAA